AUGGCACAAAUGACGAAAUAUAUUCAACGCGUCGCUAGCGGACCAAAGCAAAGAUUCCGAGAUCCAGAAACGGAUACAGAUUUAGAUCUAUCGUACAUAUCUGACAAUAUCAUCAUAAUGGGUUACCCUACACCUGCGAACAAUUAUCAGGCGGUAUUUCGCAAUAACCAGGACCAAGUGAGAAAGCUGCUUGAAAGUAGACACGGACGUAAUUGGAGGAUAUACAAUCUGUGUCCGUGCCACGAGAAUAAGUAUGAUCCAGCCUAUUUCUACAAUCAAGUGGUAAGAUAUCCAUUCCCAGAUCACCAUGCACCCCCUCUUGCAUUGAUAAAGGUUGCUGUGAAGAAUAUGGGGAGAUAUCUGAGCGAGAACGCGGAGAAUGUUGUAGUAGUACACUGCAAAGCCGGUAAAGGGAGAAGUGGGACGAUUGCAUGCUGUCUUCUGCUCACAUUGGCUGAGCUGCCACCGCCAAGUCGACAUGUAUCCAACAGGCCAAGACACUCUUACUACCCUUCAGGUAAUGAGAUUGAUGCGGAUCAAUCAAGACCUUCACAACUAAAAACUCAUCAGGGACAUGCUAAAAGUGACGCAUCAGCAGUACAAAGACUAGUGGAACCCCAUAUCAUACCCUCAGCAGCGUCGAGUACAUCACACCUAACGACGACAGAAGCGACAGAAAACUCAAACUCAACCCUACCACCUGCUUUAGAGAGAGCAGAAGAUGUUCUAAAGCUGCACACACACCGUCGUAUGAAAACUAAGGAAAGUAAUAAAACUAAGGAGAAGGACGUGUCUAGAUGGCGGAUGGGUGUAAGCAUACCGUCUCAAAGGCGAUUCAUUGAAUAUUUUGCGAGGGAGUUAGCAAAUGAGGUUGUACACAACAGUCACAAUGUCAGAGUAUGGAGGGUGACAGUUCGGCUGAGUGAAAAUUUUGGAAAACUUGCUAAAACGAUCGUGGGUCUCGGUAAUACCCGUCUCUGCCUACAUUUUGCUAGGUAUACAGAUGAUUAUGUGGAAGCGUUACAAGACGGUGUAAAUAAUGAUGAUGAAUCUUUUUCGAUCCAAGAUGACAGAUGGGACAAAGAGAAGAUGGUUCAUAGGUUUGCAGAGACGGACGAAUAUACGACUGAAGAGGAUGAUCAAGUAGGGCAUCAAAACCUUAACCUUUACGCCAGAAGUAAUCCUCAACUCCAGCCGAGAAUGUAG